CCUCCGGCGGUGGUGCUGCCCUGGGUGGUGCUGGCGCUGCUCGGGGCGGAGGGUGGCAGUGCCUCCGGGCAGGAAGAAGACCUGCUGGUUCUCACUGUUGCCACCAAGCAGACUGAGGGAUUCCAGCGCUUUAGAAGAUCAGCCGAAUUCUUCAACUACAAAGUCCAGGUGCUGGGGCUGGAUGAGGAAUGGCAGGGUGGAGAUGACAAGAAGCCAGCAGGAGGUGGGCAGAAGGUCCGUCUCUUGAAAUCAGCUUUGAAGCAGUAUGCGGAUAAGGAAGAUUUGAUCAUCCUUUUUGUAGAAAGCUAUGAUGUACUCUUUGCUUCGGGCCCCACAGAACUGCUAAAGAAGUUCAAACAAGCCAAGAGCAAGGUGGUCUUCUCAGCAGAGAACUACAUUUAUCCUGACAGAAAGUUGGAAGCCAAGUACCCUCAGGUGCGAGAUGGAAAGCGCUUCCUGGGUUCUGGAGGCUUCAUAGGUUACGCUCCAAACCUGAAGAAACUUGUGGAGGAGUGGAAAGGGCAGGAUGAUGACAGUGAUCAGCUCUUCUACACAAAUGUCUUCUUGGAUCCAGAAAAAAGAGAAAGUAUCAACAUCAGUCUAGACCAAAGAAGCCGGAUCUUCCAAAACCUAAAUGGAGCAUUAGAUGAGGUAGUUCUGAAGUUUGAAAACUCACGAGUGAGAGCAAGAAACUUGUUAUAUGACACUCUGCCUGUAGUGAUUCAUGGAAAUGGACCCACCAAGCUGCAGUUGAACUACCUGGGAAACUACAUUCCUCAAAUAUGGACAUUUGAGACUGGCUGCACUGUGUGUGAUGAAGGUCUGCGAAGCCUCACGGGGUUUAAGGAUGAGGCGUUGCCAAUGAUUCUGAUUGGCAUUUUUAUCGAGCAGCCCACCCCAUUCCUCUCCCAGUUUUUCUUGCGGCUUCAUAACCUUCAUUACCCAAAGCAAAGAAUCCAGCUCUUCAUUCACAACCAUGAGCAACAUCACUUGAUGCAGGUGGACUUUUUUGUUAAAGAGCAUGGCAAAGAAUAUCUCGCCAUCAAAGUGAUUGGACCAGAUGAUGAGGUGGAGAAUGCUGAGGCGCGUAAUUUGGGCAUGGAUUUGUGCAGAAAGGAUCCUGACUGUGACUAUUACUUUAGCCUGGAUGCUGAGAUAGUUCUGAAGAACACAGAGACUCUGAGGAUCCUGAUCGAACAGAACAAGCUGGUGAUUGCCCCGCUGGUAAGCCGUCAUGAGAAGUUGUGGUCAAAUUUCUGGGGAGCCCUGAGCCCUGAUGGAUACUAUGCCCGCUCAGAAGAUUAUGUGGAUAUUGUUCAAAGGCGGAGGGUUGGGCUUUGGAAUGUUCCCUACAUCAGCAGCGUGUACAUGGUUAAAGCCAAGGCUCUGCGAUCGGAGCUUGACCAGGGAGAUCUCUUCCACAGUGGCAAGCUGGAUGCUGACAUGGCUUUCUGCCACAACGUUCGGAAUCAGGGAGUCUUUAUGUACCUGACAAACCGGCAUCAGUUUGGACAUAUACUGUCCCUGGAGAAUUAUCAGACUACUCACCUCCACAAUGACCUCUGGCAAAUAUUCAGCAAUCCUGAGGACUGGAGAGAAAAGUACAUCCAUGAAAACUACACAGCAGCUCUGAAAGGGAAAUUGGUAGAAAUGCCCUGCCCGGAUGUUUACUGGUUCCCCAUAUUCACUGACACUGCCUGUGAUGAACUGGUGGAAGAAAUGGAACAUUAUGGCCAGUGGUCCACAGGUGACAACACGGACAGCAGAAUACAAGGAGGAUAUGAGAACGUCCCAACUAUUGACAUACACAUGAACCAAAUUGGCUUUGAAAGAGAAUGGUAUAAGUUUCUUCUGGAGUAUAUUGCACCUAUCACAGAGAAACUGUACCCAGGAUACUAUACCAAGACUCAGUUUGAGCUAGCCUUUGUAGUUCGCUACAAACCUGAUGAGCAGCCCUCUUUAAUGCCCCAUCAUGAUGCUUCCACCUUUACCAUUAACAUUGCUCUGAACCGCGUUGGAAUAGACUAUGAGGGAGGAGGCUGCCGGUUCCUGCGCUACAAUUGCUCCAUUCGAGCUCCACGGAAAGGGUGGACCCUUAUGCAUCCAGGACGCCUGACCCACUAUCAUGAAGGUCUUCCAACCACCAAAGGAACCCGUUAUAUUGCAGUGUCUUUCCUUGACCCCUAGAGCCAUGCUUCACAGGAAGGACCUUUCCCUGGCCCUGCUCAGUGCUGACUUUGAGUGGAAACAGGGAAUGCUACUGAGAGUUUCUAAGGCAUUGAUCAAAGUUGUUUGGAUAUUGAUUUUUAAUGGUAUUUUAAGACUCCACUACUGGAAGAUCUCCCUCUCUGAUACUGCAGGUAAUAUCUAGGAAUACUGCUGUAGAAUUUGGAAGGAGAUUUUGUGCCUUCAUUUUUGAUUCUGUUCCUCAUCCGCUGUUUCUUGGAAAUGCGAUUUACUUGAACCUUCACUGAUUGGUUGGCUUUACAAAAAUGCUUUCUUGGACUGGAAAUCCAGCUUUUUGGAGACAAGUCACAAGCUCUCUCUCCAAGUAGCUGGAAGUCCAUUUUCAUCCACAGCAUUAUAUGGGACUGGAUGAUAGACAAUAAUUCCUGGAUACUAUUCCAAAUAUAAACCAACCAGGGAGCUGACUCCAGGGGUCAUGAUAGUUAAAUGUCAUACCAGAUGAAACUCAGUAAUAAGAGCCUGAAGAUCAUCUGAUUCCU